AUGAGCAGUGAAUGUUUGUUACCUUAUUACACAGCCCAAAGUUACCGUUCAAUGGGCGUGUUCAACACCUCCAUGGGAGAUCUGCAGCGACAACUGAACAAGGGAGGAGAGUAUGAUAUUUUCAAGUACGCACCAAUGUUUGAGAGUGAUUUUAUCCAGAUCAGCAAAAAAGGAGAGGUGAUUGAUGUACACAACCGUGUCCGAAUGGUGACUGUGGGCAUUGCAUCCACCAGCCCCGUCCUUCCAUUACCUGACGUCAUGCUGCUGGCCCGACCAACUAAAGUCUGUGAGGAGCAUGCCAGACCCGCCCGGCCCACCAGGAGGAGAGGUCACAAGGCCACAAAGACCCUAGAGCUCACCAGGCUGCUUCCCUUGAAGUUUGUCAAGAUCUCCAUCCAUGAUCGUGAGAAACAGCAGCUGCGCCUAAAGCUUGCCACUGGCCGUACUUUUUAUCUGCAGCUGUGUCCCUCUUCAGAUGCACGAGAAGACCUCUUCUGCUAUUGGGAAAAACUUGUCUACCUCCUGAGACCACCAGUGGAGAGUUUCAGCAGUACGCCGACACUCCAAACUACAGAUGCAGUGACCACAGAUGAUGACAAAUGCCUAGUGACCACAGAGCACCACGGAGAAGGAGACCAGGAUGAGUUUAGACUUCACAAGCUUCGUGACGUGUCUGGAGCCAGCUCUUCUGCUUAUGUUGGAGGAGAGGGAAUCCCUCAUGCCCCUCAAAGAAUGACCAGGUCACCUAUAGACAUGAAAACUCCAGGGACGGCCAAAGGGGCAGCCACAAGCGUGGCAAUAGCAGGGACAGCAACAAGCCCUGCAGCAGGCGCUGUGAGCCUAGCAGCAACCAAGAGUGGAGGUACAGGCCAGGUAAACACGGCCCUGGCAGGAGCCGCCACCAAGGGUCCAGGAGAAAGUGGAUCUAGCAAGGCCAUUGCAGGUGCUGCCAACAUAUCUUCAGAGAGUACGAAUGUGGUCUUGGUGGGUGCUGCAAGUACAUCUUCGCCAGGUACUUCCACUGGAACGACGGGGGCUGCCAGUGUCUCCCCAGAGAGCAGCACAAGUAUAGUGUUUGCAGGUGCGCUGAUGACCAACAAGCCUGCUGCAGAAAGAGCUGAAGGCCCCGCAAUAGCACCCCUCGUGUCAACCUUGCAGAGUGAAGGCUAUAUGAGUGAACGGGAUGGAAGCCAGAAGGUCUCCCAGCCCAACACUGAAGUCCGGAAGGAAAGAAGGGAGAGAAGAGAAAAGAAGGACAGAACUACCACUAGGAAAACUUCCCGUCACCACAGGACAGGUGAAAGUCACCACAGGACAGGAGGGGACAAGUCGACCAAGAAAUCAUCCUCCCACCGUUCCUUAUCUAGCCAUGGAAAAGCAAGAGAUGACAAAAAAGAAAGAGGACAGAGCAACAAAAGGGGCAGAGGACGCAGCUCUCACAAGAGUGCCAGUCACGGCUCCACUGCAAAGGAGUCAAGGAGAGCUCACAAAUUGGGGAAGAGCAGAUCUGCAACCAGUUCAGGAACUGUAAGUAAGCAAUCCAGUAGGAUUGGCUCUUUCUUCAGGAGCUUCAGAGUCAUUCCUGGUUCAAAAGCAGUGGUCACAAAACGCGAUACAGAGGUAGACAUUGUGGCUAAGACAGUAGAGAAGUGCAACAUAGAGGCCAAAUUGGAGAAAACCCCGGAUGGCAAGGAUGUGGAGAUCUGUGGUACCAUGACAUCUGAGACGAUGGAGACAAUAAUCAUUGAAGCCAAAUCCGUUUAA